ACUGUUUGAAGGAUCCCGAGAAGUUACGUCUAGCGGCUUUGUUUCAUUUUCCCACAUUUGUGCACUUUCGAAGAUAUUAAACAGUUAAUAAACCACCGUUAUAACCCAUUUAAACCUGAAGAAACUAUAAAUAGACAACAUAAAACAAAUCACACAACUUCACUCCUCGCGUUCCCGCCAAAAACUUGAUUUAAAUUAGUGUAUCAACAUGCACAGAUAAUUACUUACAUUGAUUAGCUUAAAUAGGUAGGUAUGUUGUAUGUACCUACCUAGUAUAUACCUAAUGUACCUAUGGAUUUACUUAAACUAACCUAAAAUGUGCGUGUUGCGAUUCUCUUUUAACUUUUAAACUCUUAUUAUAGAUAGCAGUAACACACGAGUCUAAUAGAUUUGUUUAUUUUACUUGAAAAAUGAAAAACGUUUUUAACACUACAUAAAAAUACUGAAUUGGAUUUAAUAUAACACAGUUUUCGUUUAAUUUAAAUGGAGCCCAGAAAAGUGGAUAUAGGCGUUUUAGAAGAAAAACCUAGUUGGCUUUUACAUCCAAGGUUCUUUCCAAGCAAAAUUGGCGGAAAACCAUCCUGGCUUAAUCUGCAGGAUCUACCGAAAUCUAGUGAGCUUUUGUGUAAAAAAUGCCAGGAUCCUACAGUUUUCUUGUGUCAAGUUUAUGCUCCGUUUGAAGAUGUAGAAGAUUGCUUUCAUAGAACUAUAUUUAUUUUCAUUUGUAAAAAUGGAAAUUGUUGCAGUAAAAACCACACUGAUAACUUUAUUGUACUACGCUGUCAGCUUCCUAGAACGAAUGAUUUCUAUUCCUAUCAACCAUAUGAAGAAAAAGAUGAGGAAUUCCCAAUGGACAACUGGACAAAAUUGUGUGAUGUAUGUGGUGCUAGAGGACCUGCUCAUUGUUCAAGGUGUAAGAAAGUGUACUACUGUAGUAGGAAACAUCAAAUUAUUGACUGGCAAAAGGGCCAUAAAGAACAAUGUCCGCAACUGCAGUCUGGUGAUAUUGUGAGUACAAAUAACUUCAAAAUUACAAAGGCUGGACAGUCAGUACUGUUUAAAGAAUGGGAACUGAUUGUUGAUGAAGAAGAUGAGGAAGAUCCAAAUAACACUGAUAUAAAUCAAGAGAUGGAGAAGCUGAACAAAAUGAUGCAAGAAAAAAAAGUUGGCUCAUUGAACAAUAUUAGCGAAAGUGAAUUAGAAGAAUACACAAGAACAGUACCUAAUGACAAAGUGUUUAAUAAAUUUAGUAAAAGGGUUGCUAGACACCCAGAACAAGUUCUAAGGUAUGACAGAGGAGGUGUACCCUUAUGGAUUACUAGUAAUAAUGACAGCUUAGUUCAUAUACCCAAAUGUGAAUAUUGCAAUGGUGAAAGGCAAUUUGAAUUCCAAAUAAUGCCACAACUGCUGAAUUUCUUAGAUGUUGGUGUAGAAUUGAACAGCAUAGACUGGGGAGUACUAGCUAUUUAUACUUGCAAAGCUAGUUGUAACAAAGGAUCUGCAUACAUGUUGGAGUAUAUGAUAAAACAAGAUUUAUCUGAUUGAAACACUAUUAUUUGUUAAAGUAAUUGAAUUAAAAAUGAUUUUUACAUCUA